UUGAGUCAAUUCUUGAGCAUGAGCACCCCUUCUUCAUUUUACUGUUUGGCGGAUAGAAGAAAAGAAUGGGCUGUUUCAAAUUCCUGUCGCUCAAUUCGGCACAUAUGAACAAACCCAUCGCGUAAUAUAUGACGUUAUGAUGUUCGUAUAGCUCAUUGAUGAUGAUGCCACAUUUGAAUGGUCCUCUCUUCGGUCAUAUUUAACUUCUGUCCCUUUCUUCCCCCUUUUCCUGUUUUCAUACACGGUUCUUGCUCUGUAUUUAAUCGAAUGUUUCUUAUGUAUUCCACUUACUCGUACGAGGAUUUCUCUUUUUGCAGCAAUCCCUUCACGUUUAAUUUCUUGGGUGCUCUCUGUUUGUUCAUAUCCUGUUGUUUGUUCAAAUUUUGCUCGGUUUUUCCUUGUGUUCUUUAUAAUUGCCUUCUUUUCUCAAUUUUGCCUUCUGGGUUUGUGGUUUUUUCACAUGUUCUAGCUCUUUUACUUCUUGUUCUUUCUUCUGGUUUAAAAGAUGAAGUGUUUCUUUAAUCCCAAGGGAAAAUCUAAGUCCAAAGGGAUAUCAAAAUCAGCUACAGAGUUGAAAAAAGGAGAAAAAUCCGACAUAUCAGCCAAGAAAAAUGGUUUGAGACCAUCGAAUUCGUUGUCUUCAAGGAGUAUUCCUGAAUUGUACAAAGAGAAGGAGCAAAAUUUGAGGGUUUUCUCUCUCCAAGAGCUUGUUGAUGCAACAAAUGGCUUCAGCAGGCUGUUGAAGAUUGGGGAGGGUGGUUUUGGGUCUGUGUACAAAGGAAUUAUUAAGCCCACAACUUCCAAUGGUGAACCUCUUGUGGUCGCCAUUAAAGAACUCAACCAGCAUAGUUUGCAGGGUCAUAAAGAAUGGCUUGCAGAAGUUCAAUUUCUCAGUGUAGUUAGUCAUCCAAAUCUAGUUAAACUUCUUGGAUACGCGGCUGAAAACGAUAAGAAAGGGAUUCAGAGGCUUUUAGUCUAUGAGUACCUCCCGAACAGGAGCUUGGAACACCAUCUUUUCCAACGAAUGUCGUCGACGUUGCCAUGGAAGAAAAGAUUAGAGAUCAUCAUUGGUGCAGCGCAGGGCUUGGCUUAUCUACAUGGAGGGUUAGAAGCUCAGGUGAUAUAUCGGGAUUUUAAAUCAGCGAAUAUUCUACUGGACGAGAACUUCAAGCCUAAACUCUCAGACUUUGGCCUUGCUAGAGAAGGACCAAGAGGUGAUAACACACACGUUUCUACAAAGGUGGUCGGAACGCAUGGAUAUGCUGCUCCUGAAUAUCUUGAAACAGGCCGUCUCAAGAGCCAAUGCGAUGUAUGGAGUUUCGGUGUGGUUCUAUAUGAACUCCUCACGGGCAGACGAGCAUUGAAUACUACCCGUCCGGUCGGAGAACAGAAACUUCUACAAUGGGUGAGGCAGUUUCCAGUUGACAGUAGUAUGUUCACCAUGUUAAUCGAUCCUCGUCUCAGAAACCAGUACUCCUUGUCUUCUGCCCGGGAAGUUGCAAAGUUAGCCGAUCGGUGCUUGAACAAAACUCCGAUGAGUCGGCCAACAAUGACAGAAGUAGUUGAAGGUUUACAGAAAGCGCUCGUAAUGUCGGAAGAGAAAACAAGCUCCAAUAGUAAUCAGAAACAGUCUCAUGGCGUCCCGUUUUCUCCAAGAUUUCUUGAUCAAAAGCAUAUCAUGAUUGGAAGACAAGGAAAGGGAGCUUCUUUUUCGAAGACGGGUUGAUGAUUUUGCUUGCUUGAAGGAGAUUACGCCAUAGAGAUCCUCAUGAAGAUGAGCCUUUAUGAUCUUGUUGUCUUUCGGGUUGAUGAAAGAAGUCGAAGAUCGUAGUGUUAAAGUCAUUUUUUUCAAAUAUCAGAGAAGGUAUUAGAAAUGAAUGAAGAUGCUGCAUAUUUAUGAACAAAAGUCUCUCAAAAAGUUUUUACACUUCGAAGCUGACAGCAAAGCCGGUGGGCUCGUGUUCAAACGGAAAAGGUACGUAAAACCAAAACUUGUUGGCUUUACCAUUUCAACGUCGUUUUCGAUAUUACUUACUUUUUACUUCCAUGUUCUUGGAAUUAUAAAGCUCAAUAUCCCGAAAUGUUCACUAAGACCAAGCUUCCUAACAUAGACCAGGCUUCCUAAUAGAAUGCUUAACCAAUCCAUCCCGAAAUGUUCGGGUACAAGCUUUAAUAUUUUCAAGUUUUCAAGGGAUUCUUGUAGCUCUAGAAAGUGUUCAAUGGCUGAAAUGAUGAAAAUAUCUUCCCCUUUUUGUUC